UACGUACUAGCCUACUACGUAGUACGUGAGAAGACGCAAGAAAUAACGGUUGAGAUGUGGUUGGUCGCCAUGGUUACCGUUAAGCCUGCGUACUAGCGUACUAAAGAGUGUCCUAGGACGGUCAUAGUGAAGUAGAGGAUACGCUUUAGUAAGCUAGUGUGCGGACUGUGUGCUGACAUUAAGGCUGGAAUAUAAGUGCAGGGGGAAAAGAAACGCUCCCAUUACGGCUAUGGUAUCAGAAGCAUUUAAGGGGGAAAGGAUCCCGGACGACCGUAAAGGUUAACAGCUGCACUGCCCUGGUGGGAGAGCAUGGACCCUCCGACUGAGACAGACCGAACGACUCCUGACCUGCUGAACCGAACGGACCUGCGUGCUCAGAAUGUGCACACACCCGCUGAGAAAGCUGCACCUGAACACACAGGUUGUGGAGCAGGACUGGUGUUGUGUGCCGUGUCCGUGGCCUCCCUCAGUGGUCUCAUGCUGGGCUAUGAGAUGGGUCUGAUCUCUGGAGUGCUGCUCCAGCUCAGGGAGGUACUGUCUCUCUCGUGCCCACAGCAGGAACAAGCUGUGGGUGCCUUGUUGCUUGGGGCAUUCUUGCUCUCUGUGGCAGGCGGAACUAUCGUGGACCGUUACGGACGGCGUUUCUCCAUCAUCCUCACAGCGGCGCUGUGCGCAUGUGGAACGCUGCUGAGCGUCUGCGCUCCCUCUUUCUGGACGCUGGUGGUGGGCCGCGUGUUGGUGGGAAUGGCUGUGGCACUCUCUGGCACGGCUGCAUGUCUGUACAUAGCGGAGGUUGCACCUGCCGCAUGGCGCGGGAGGUGCGUGUGCGUAUACGAGCUGAUGGUGGUCCUGGGUGUGCUGCUGGGAUUCGGGCUGAGUUGGGCAUUUGCAGGAGUGGAGGAUGGUUGGAGGUUCACUUUGAGUGGAGUUCUGCUGCCUGCAUUCCUGCAGAUGGCCAUCAUGCCCGUGUUGCCCCAAAGCCCACGCUUUCUCCUGACCAGGCACAGGCAGAAGGAGGCACAGAAAACUCUCUCCCGUUUACGAGGGACCGUCUCAGACGCAGUGGAGGGAGAGCUAAAGGUCAUCGUGGCAGCUCUGGGUGCGGAGCAUCAGAUGGGCUUUUUGGAUCUAUUCCGCUCUCAGGACAACAUGCAUAGGAGGAUGUUUGUUGGAAUGGUGCUGGUGUUUCUUCAGCAGGCUACAGGACAGCCUAACCUCCUGGCCUACGCCUCCACAGUGCUGCGCGGAGUUGGAUUCCACAGUAACGAGGCUGCUACGCUUGCCUCCACCGGCCUCGGGGUGGUUAAAGUAGUCGGUACUGUCCCAGCGAUUUUUCUGGUGGACCGAGUCGGGCCCAAAGCCUUUCUUUGCGUAGGUGCUGUUGUCAUGACUCUGUCAACAGCAGCAUUGGGAGGUGUAACACUACACAGUCAAACACAAGUGGCCAGCCUGUGCCAGAGCCUAGGCCAGCUAAACCACACCACAGUCUGGAGGAGACAUGAUCUUAGCAUUAGGACAAACACACAUCAUGCUGAUUUUUUGUUCGAACAGAAUAACACUAACCUUCAAAUAAACCCUUUUAAACACACUCAAGUGCCCUGGGUGUUAAAGAACAGAACAGCAGGAACAAACUCUGUGACACCACCAGAGGAUUCUUGGAAAGAGAGAUCUGAGAUUUCAUUAGAAUCCAUGUCAGAGAGUGAGGUGUCUUCUUCCCUGAAAUGGAUCUCUCUGGUCAGUCUGCUUAUCUAUGUGGCAGCUUUCUCCUUCAGCCUGGGACCAAUGGUCUACGUGGUUCUGAGCGAGAUUUUUCCCACCGGGAUCCGAGGAAAAGCCGUGUCUGUGGUGUCUGCCUUCAACUGGGUCAUGAACCUGCUCAUAUCGAUGACCUUCCUCACGCUCACAGAAAAGGUCGGCCUCCCCAGCGUGAUCUUCUCAUACACUGCUAUGAGCUUCGUGCUGCUGAUUUUCGUGAUCGUGUACAUCCCGGAGACGAAGGGCAGAUCACUGGAGCAGAUCUCCAAAGAGCUCGCCAUGAAGAACCAUCUCGACAGCUCCAAGUUGUGUCACCCGUGGCGAAAGAAGCCCAAGAGCCACGAGCUGUCGCAGGAAGAGAGGUCCCUCAAAGCAGUCUGAUCUCAACAAGGACGAAGUAUGGAGAAGAAGAAGAGUUUGUGAACACAACAGGAAGUAGGUGAGAGAUUGGUGACCAGGCGGAGCCUAACCCGAUACGACGUGAUGCUCGGCGAAAUGGCCGAUGAUCUGUGAGCAGCACACGCAAGACUCGCACACCUCAAGUCCUUUAUUAUUUUUUUAUUUGUCUUAAUCCUUUUCUAGGUAUGUGAUUUGAAAGCAGGACUCGUUUUUGGAUGGUCAUGGCCAUCUGUAAUGUGAAAAAAGAUCGGAAUAGAUCCUUACGUCCGUCUCAUAAAGUUUUUAAAUGAGUAUUUUAUAUGUGCGGAUGUUUUCUGCGCUCGUGUAUUGUCACACAUCAUCAACACAUCAGGGAUUCUUCCUACCGCAGGUUGGAACAUCCUCCAAGAAAAGCACUUUCUGACGUCCUUCAACAGUUGGAAGACGAAUAAGAUGAAAUAAAUAAAUAAACAAACAAAUAAAUAAAUAAACGACAGCAACGCAGGUCUGUCGGGGCUCAGAAAAUAUAUACGUAACUGUCGUUGGGAACAGUUAAAAAAAAAUGGACCUUAACUUAUUUGUCGUGAAACCUCGGACAUCUUUAGGCAAUGGCUGAACCUUCCGUUAAUGUCCUGUUUGUUUAUUCGUUACCAUGGUUACAUUAGUUAUUAACAAAUAUAUUCUAUAUACAAAUAUAUUUAUAUUACGGUAGGCUUUCGUUAAAACGUAAAAACAUCUCCAACGUCCUCGUGUUUCUCAUGAUACCACAGCAGUGUUCCCCAAUAUGAUUGGUCCUAAAGUGUCUAGCGUUUCUAUGGUAACAGUUCCUACACAGGGGCUUUGUAAAGCUGGUGCUCCUGAUAAGCAGGUAUAAAAUAGUGCCAUUUUUUUGUGUGUGGGGUGUUUUAUUAUUAAUGGAAGGAGUCUCCAGCGUCGGCGCUCAGUAACAGUAAGGAAAAGUCAGAUGUUUUGGUGAGGAAACAAACCGUUAGAACAUGAGAGCUACAGGAACUGACUUCGCAGUCGUUCCACAGCAGUUAGUCUACCAUCAAUAAGUAACAUGGCUGUGGGAGAAGGUGAACAAAACACUUUCGGAUACAGCGAGAGAAAUAUAUUUGGAUAUAAAAAAUCUACACACCCGUUUUUUUUUUUUGUUUUUUUUUUUUAAUUAAAAUGUGUUUGUAUUGCUUACUUGAAUUUUUAAGGAUGCUAGAUCACAUUCUUCUUCUACAUUCGGCUUUUCCCGUUCGGAAAAUUCCCUUACAGCUCCAUCUCCAACAUCCUUCUACCAAUAUAACCAUCUUCCUCCUCUGUACAUGUCCAAACCAUCUCAAUCUAGCCUCGCUGUCCUUGUCCCCCUAAACAGACAACCUGAGCUGUCCAUGUGAUGUGCUCGUCCCUAAUCCUGUCCGUCCUCAUCAUUCCUACAGAGAACCUCAACAUCCUCCUCUCUGCUACCUUCAUCUCUGCCUCAUGUCUUUUCCUCACUGCUACAGUCUCUAAAACAUAAAACUUAGCUGGUCUCACUGUCUCACUCCUGACACUUUUCUCCAUCCGCUCCAACCCGUCUGUAUUCGCCUCUUCACCUCUUUUCCACAAGCCCCGUCACACUGUACCCAAAUCCUUAAACUCCUGCACCUUCUUGACCUCAGCACCCUGUAACCUCACUGUUCUACUUCCCUCCCUCUCGUUCAUACACAUGUAUUCUGCCUUACGACUGACUUUCAUUCCUCUUCUUUCCAAAACUGACGACUCACAUGUUUAAAUUUGGUACGUUUCACGUCGGAUGCCAUUCCAGGCGCAACCCUCUAUAUUUAUCCAGGCUUGGGACCUGCACAGAAAUCAACCCCGUGGCUUAGAUUCGGAUGCUAGAUCAUAUUAAAGGUGGGAAAAGAUCUGAUUUCACUUUUCUUUUUCUUCCACAAAAGCCUACAACGUUAAUAAGUCGUGUAUACUUUUUUAUAUCCAGUGUAUUUUGAUGUCAUGUUAUAAAUCAGCACAAAACGUGCAGAUUUCUAAAAUAAUGUUAUCAAUAGAAGAAUGUAACCUUAAAGUAAUAAGUAAAUGUUUAAUCAUAAUGUUACACCGACUCAACCAUAUUUAAGAAACGUUCACUUUCUACAGAGUACAUGAGAGAUGAGUGGAGAUGUUAUACCAGCUGUGCCACUACUGUAUUUACACUGCACUUUGGAUUCGAGUGCACACACUACCUGAUGCCAUGAUCUGGAUUGAACUGUGAAAAUAAAGCAGUCUAACACC